AUGAGUGAAGAAAAUAAUGCUUAACUGCUAGAAAAAAUUGAUACACAGAGAAAUCAAGUUGAUGAGCUUACUUCAGGUUAUUCCUCUCUUCAAAACUCAAUAGAAGUUCUCAAAAGAGAAAAUGAAAAGUUAAAGAAAAAGCUAGCAUUUGCUCAAAGAAAAGCACUUCAAUAAACCAAAGGUAAGAAUAUUUUAUCUUAUACUUUAGAAGUCUUGCAAUAGCAUAAUGAAGAGACUAAAAAUGAAGACAUUUUAGUCGAAGAAUAAUAGAAAUCAUUACAAGUUGAGUCCUAGAAAAGAUUGGUAUUUUAUGUGAAAAUUAAUUAGUAAUUUUAGGAUGAUCAAGAUAUGGAGGACUUAUCUUAAGAUGUCUAAGAUACCACUUCCAUAAUGUAAUAGAAGAUGGUAAAUGCUUAAUUUGCUUAUUAUUCUGACUCACCUCUUAGCUUGGACCAGCCAGUAUAUAUAUAGGGUGAGUUUAAUAAAUGGAAACCAGCACUUAUGGAGAGACUAGCCAAUUAGAUCUUCUAUUAUGACACAAAGCUUCUUUCUGGCUACAGAUACAGAUUUAACUUCAAAGUUGAUGAUAAAAUAACUACAGACUGUCACUAGAACAGUGAGUAAGACUAAGACAAUCAGGAUGUCAACUUUAACUACAUUUUGAGUACAUCAGCCUAUAAUUAAAAUGAAGAAUCCAAAAUUGAUCCUCAAAUACUCCAAAAAUUACCCAUAUUUGUUCACCCUGAUUUGAUAUCUAAGCGAGAAGAAGAACUUAAAUAGUUCUAAUUAAAUGUAGCCUAAUUGCAAGAUGAUACAUCUCAAGCAGUUAAUGAAGCACUAUAGGACUAUAGCAAGGAAAGCGAGAACCAAAAAAUUGAAAUUUUAAGCCUGUUCUUGAAGAGAAACAGAUUUGUUUUGUCAAAACUCAUACUUUUAAGAAAAAUUAGGAAGCAUGGUUAAGCAUUAUCUAAUGAUGAUAUUGUUUAAUCAAGUUCAGAGCAAAUAACUAUUUUUGAUGAGGAAAAUCAAAGAAUUACAAAGGCUAUUAAAUACUUAAUAAGAGGAAAAAUUGCAAAAAGUCUUGAACAUUCCCUAUAUUAUUACAUCAAUUCUUACAGAAGUGAUACUAAUGAACUCGUACUGAUAAGGGUAUACGAUAACAAUGGAAUUUUACUAAUAGAUAAUUAGGCUAGCGAGAAGAACAUUAUUAAUGCUAGCGAAAGUAUUUUCUUCGAGAGUUAUUAAAUUCUCUUUAAAGAGGAAGAACUGAAAUUUAGACAUGAUUUAAUUCAUAACAAAGAUCACACAUUAAGAUUAAGAUAUGAUGUAAAAAUGAUUCCAUUAGAAGAAUUCUACACCUUGGAGUGUAUACCAUUGGAGACUUAACCAUAAUUGCCUCUUGAUAGUUAUUAAUAUUAACUUGAAGUUUAUAAUGGUAGAGUCUAGACUGCCUUAGGAGAUCAAGGCAAAAUUAAAUUUGAAGCAUAUAGAGAUAAUUUUAAUUAUGACUCAGGAAAUUCUAGAUGGGCUUUUAUUUAUACAAAUGAAAUUUAAGGUAAUAUUUUGAAUAUCUUUCACAUUCAUUUGAAUGAGAUUACUGAAAAUGUUAGUUUUGAAGCUCACUACCUUAAUGAAAAUCAAAUCAUAGAUGACUUUACUGACUUCACAGGUAGCAGUGCCAAUUAUAGAAUACUUGUUAAAAAUCAAAGAAUCCAUGGGCUAUUAUUUAAUUGUGGAUCAAACAAUAAUGGACAAGUUAAUUUUGUUGAAUACAGAUUAAAUCCUGGCUCACUAGCAAAUGUUGACUACUCAAAUACUCUUUAAUAUUCAACAGAGAACAUGCUAGUGAAGGUAGUUAAUGUCCCAAUUGGAAUUUUAGCAAUCCCAGCCUCCAAUGAUAUAGUUUAAUAUCCUCAGUCUUAACUUCAACAUAACUCAUAUGGAUUUUGUUCUGAGAGAUGCUUGAAUUAAUCACUUGGAAGGUUCUUAGACGUAAAAGUUAUUUCAGUUGACAACGAUGAGACACUUCUUGACAAUGAGGAGAACAUCGCAAUUCCACCAUGCUUGAUGAAUGAUGCUAUGUAUGAUAAAAAGGAAAGAUACAUUGCUUUGUUAAAAUUAGAUCAAUGGACUCCAAUCGAGCUCGAGAAAAAUUUUUGA